AUGUCAUCAUUCACUGUGACUGAGCCCCACCCCACCGUGGCCCAAGGAUCUCUUGUGCGGGUGGGCAGAGGAGGAUAUGCCAACCACGUCCGCGCGCCCUUGACCACACCGGCCACUGGUGUUCCCUCAGUCAGCAAGCCGAUGCCCCCCAGCACCGACAGGAAGAUUCGUACUGGAAGAGGUGGUUUCGCCAACCUUCACUCUGCUUCGGACCUCCCUCCCGUCUCAUUCGAUGAGCAGUACAAGCUGCAGAGCCACAUUGAGGACAGCUCAACCAAGGUCCUCGGCGCCAGGGGCGGCUGGGGAAACAUUGCCAAGGACAGCAAGACUUCUUCGAGCCAGCGCAAGUCCAGCGAUGCUAGCAGCCAGCACAGCGGCAGCAGCUCUGGCAGCACCAGCAGCGUGCGAUCGGGAUUCCUGAAGCGCCUGACCAGCAUCAGCUCCAAGGGACCCAACCCAUGA